CACGGAAGCAAGCUGAACGUGAUCACUGAUCAGAAAUAAAACAAGAAAGUUUGCUCGAGAAAUGUUUCAUGAAGAAGUUCUAGAAUAAAGCUCUGACAUCCAUUUAAAAAGAAAACUCCUCCCUUGUUAUCCGAUAACCUCAGCUGAUUCCCCGGCUGACUGUCAAGGAGCGCACCCAGUGUUGUAACUGUGGAGGUAAACAUGGCCGCCCUCGGACCUCUGUCAAGAAUAACCCGGCUUGGAUGCAACUUCUGUCGGAACCACCGUUUGAUGUUUAACAGAAACUCUCAGAAACGAGGGAUAGCUUCGUGUAUUGACCCUUCAUAUGGACUCACAGACGAGCAGAAGGAGUUUCAGAAAGUGGCCUUUGACUUUGCAGCCAAUGAAAUGGCUCCACACAUGGCAGAGUGGGACCAAAAGGAAGUCUUCCCAGUGGAGACGAUGCGGAAAGCGGCCCAGUUAGGGUUCGGUGGGAUCUACACUCGGCCGGAGGUCGGGGGGUCAGGCCUCUCUCGUCUGGACACGUCCAUCAUUUUUGAGGCCCUGUCCACAGGAUGUGUUAGCACCACAGCUUACAUUAGCAUCCACAACAUGUGUGCCUGGAUGAUUGACACCUUUGGGAAUGACGAGCAGAGGGAGAGCUUCUGUCCUGACCUCUGCUCCAUGGAAAAGUUUGCAUCCUACUGUCUGACUGAACCAGGCAGUGGCAGCGACGCCGCUUCACUCCUCACAUCCGCUCAGCGGAACGGGGACCAUUAUGUGUUAAAUGGCUCCAAGGCGUUUAUCAGUGGGGGAGGAGACACCGACGUGUAUGUUGUGAUGUGCAGAACGGGAGGCAAGGGGGCUAAAGGAAUCUCAUGUUUGGUGGUGGAGAAGGGAACACCAGGCCUCAGUUUUGGCAAGAAGGAGAAAAAGGUAGGCUGGAACUCUCAGCCAACCAGGGCCGUGAUAUUCGAGGACUGUGCCGUCCCGGCGACCAACCGGCUGGGCGAGGAAGGACAGGGCUUCAACAUCGCGAUGAAGGGCCUGAAUGGAGGCAGGAUUAAUGUCGCUUCCUGUUCUCUGGGAGCAGCGCACGCCUCCGUGCUGCUUGCGAAGGAUCACCUGUUGGUGCGGAAGCAGUUUGGCGAAACGCUCGCCAACAACCAAUUUCUGCAGUUCAAACUGGCAGAAAUGGCCACCAAGCUGGUGGCGUCUCGCCUGCUGGUGCGCGAGGCCGCCACGGCGCUGCAGGAGAACCGAGCCGACGCCGUUUCGCUCUGCUCCAUGGCCAAGCUUUUCGUUACGGACGAGUGCUUCAACGUCUGCAACCAGGCGCUCCAGAUGCACGGUGGCUACGGUUACCUAAAGGAUUACGCAGUGCAGCAGUUUGUGCGGGACAUCCGAGUCCAUCAGAUUCUUGAGGGAACCAACGAGGUGAUGAGGAUGAUUAUUUCUCGAAACCUACUCACAGAGUCGUGAUAAAUCUGUUCCUCCCCCGUCCAGACGAACGGUGGACCGCGUAGUUGUGGUCUUGAUUUAUUGCGACGGUGUGGCCGGUCCUGAUCACACUUCUUCCAGUUUUGACAGAAAUUAUCAGAGAGGUUGGUGUAAAUGAGAUGUUAUUUUUGAGGUAAGGCGUCAGAUUAUUUGCUGAGUUAGGAGCUGUGACAGGGCUCUUAAAGUGGAAAUCAAGAUUAUCCUCUAGUGCAAAGUGCAGCGCCUUAUCAGUAACUGCACAGGUUUUCAUGUAUAAAAGUCUACAAUCAUAGCUCAUUAAAACUAAAAUAUUGGCCACAUAAAUGUUUUUCUGAUUUAUCUGCCUAAGUAAAAAAACAAAAAAAAACACAAAACUGGUCUUCUGCUCAGAUUUUGCAAAGUAAUAGACAGAUAUAAUGGUAGUUUAAGGUCAAGAUUUCAUUUCCAGAACACUCCUCUUACACUGCAAAAACACAAAGUCCUACCAAGUAGUUUUGUCUUGCAAAUAUCUUCGUACAAUUAAAAUAAGGCAAAACUAACUUACAAGUAACUUUUCUUCAAAGAGCUUCUUCUAAGUCAACAAUCCCUUAAAAUUGAUAAGAACAAGUUCUAGUUUCACUGGGAGAUUAUUUCACUUAUAACAAGAUAGAAGUAAAAAAAUCCACCAGUCUUACUGGUACUUUAAAAAAAAAAAAAUCAAAGUUAACAAAUUCUUCACUUAAAACAAGUUACAAUAACUUGCAGAGAAGUUACUUGUAAGUUAGUUUUGUCUCACUUUAGGUGUGUUAAGAUAUUUGCACUUAAAAACUAAAUAAAAGUGCUUGGUAAGAUUUUUUAAUUUUGCAGUGUACAGGAUUUUUUUUUUUCUGUACUAAAAUGCUAAAGUUACCAUAAUAUCUCAAUUCUAUACAAACAACCCAUCUUUACCUCUUGAAAUGCUCAACAGAAACAUAUUUAAGCCCAGGAGACCCAGAGAGAGAGAAACAUGUUAAACGAUUGUUUUGCAGGUGUACAACGUUUUCAUCUUUUUAUAUCAGAUGUAACGGUACACACACUUUACAAAACGUCCACUUCUGUCUCAUCACUUCAUUGAAGACUGCUUUUUACAAAAAGUCUUGAGACCCACCAAAUCCACCUCUGUGACCUCCUGGAUGAGUCGAUUAACUUUGGCAGGCAGAGUAGUUUGGUUAUGCUGGACACUCCUCUGCUUCGUCCUCCAUUUGUGGACGAGACGGCUCACUGAAAUGUUUUGUAACUCUUUCCAGACUGAUAGGUGUAGGUGAAUUUGUUUUUCAUUGUAAUAGAACUUCUUUAGGUUGAAGAAUGCCUUUGGGUAUUUUUGUAUUGUUUUCGGCCUAGUUCAUAUCGUCAGUUUCUGGCAGUACUCAUGCCUGAGCGUUGGAAAUGAAAUUGAACUCAGAUUUCCAAAAUGCAGCGGACCACAGUGGAUGAUUUAAAAAUAAGGCAGAAAUGACUUUAUCAUGUAGAGCGUGGUUGGUUUGGAGGCGUUUGUCUCUGCUAUAUUUCUCUGAUAUUAAAAUUAGUACAGUAUGAUAUAAAACAUUUGACAAAUACACCAAAACAAAAGAACUUUAUAAGUCGGUAAAUAUUUCUUUACGCGCUGAAAAUCAUGACUUAAUGCUUUUUUUUUUUUUUUUUACAAUGUCAAGCUGAGGUUUGGGCUGAGAAAAGCAAACUAUAAACAGCCCAGAUGGUAGAUAGAAGUUUAAGGCUAAUUAAACUGAGGGAUAAAGGUUUGAAGACAACAUCACUGUCACAGUUUAUGAGCUUAGAAUGCAAAGUUACAUUCACUAGUUACUGAAAAAAUGUAAAUUUUAUGCUACUACAAAUAGCUUUAUAAAAUUAGAUGUCUUUAAAAUGUUAGUUUGUAAAGAGUCAAACGUUGGUGUCAGUAACACAUUUUUGUUCCAAGUGGCCUUCCAUGUCCCGUCUGAUGUUGUAAGUGCAUUUUGAGUGUGUUUUUAUCCAGAUUUCUAGUCUGGGGUCAGCGGAAAGGUUGUGUUUGCACUCCAUAAUAAAACAUCUAAUCUUCCUCAAAACAAA